AGAAAACCCAAAUGGGGUCACGAAGAGUCAGACAUGACUGAAAAAUGACUAGACAACAACAGUAACAACGGACUAGAGUUGCAGAAUGAGACGCACAUUUUUAGAGAGGGCCGAUGUGUUGAUUCGUUUUGCUUUCAUAUAAUUUUGGUGGAACGGGACUGAGUUAGUGGAGAGUGAUAAAAAUGCUCACCUCCCAAAAAAUCAUCAAUAAAACAUUAAAAAAUAAACAGAAGACACAAAACAGAGCAAUUUUAUUAGUUUGUUAUACAUGUAUUUCAUAUGCAUUUUUUCAAAGCACAUUUACAUAAAAUUCAGUUUCAUGUACAACUUUCUUUUUUGUUCUUUGUAUAUUGAAAUGUUUGUUUCUGUAGAUGAUUGAUAGUCCUAAUAAAAACAAACAAAAAAGAAUUCUACUGUCUGGGAGGAUUGCACUCCUUAACUGAAAUUACAGAGGAAGGGGAUCUCAGUUGUUUUUGUACUCCUUGACGUCAUUUUUCAUCCAAGAUCUGACUUGCUGUAUUUCAGAUACUUCAAUAAAUCCCAACACACAAGUUGUGUGUUGAUUUUUCUUUUUACCUUUUAUUAGCACAGAGGUAAUACUGCAUAUCUUUAUUCAGAAGCAUUUGCUAUUAAAUGUUGGGGAAUGGGUAGGAGUACAUGAUUACCUCUUCAAAUCUUUAAAUUAUCCCCCUCAACCUAGGACACAAAGGUCCCAGGAAUUUCUUGGAGAAUGCAAUCAAAACGACAAAAUCCUCCUCGACUGAUAAAGGUUACUUUUUCUGAUCUUUCUCUUCAGUGGAAAACUGAUAGGAUCCAUUAUACAGUUAUAACACUUAGAAUCCUGAAGCUGGAUGAGGGAAUGUGCAAUAGUAGAGACACAACCUCCAGAAAAAAGUUUUUUUUUUCUUUAAUAAUAUUCAGUGUAUCUCAACAAGCAUCUGGUAAGUCGAUGUUAGAUGUGAGUAGCUCUUCCCCUUUAAAGCAUGGCCUUUCACUGGGCACCAUCAUAACAAAGGAAUAUAGCUGAAAAUGGAGUAAAGAAUGGUGAAGAGGUGGCCAAAGUCAAUUCAAGCCAUUUUGAAGAUGCUGACAAUUUGGCUGUGCAGCCAAUAGAAAAAGGUUCCUCCCAACUGGAACGAGUUAUAGAAUGUCCAUAUAUCCAGAGCCUCCAAGGCAUUGUCAUCAUGAUUCUCCAAGAAGCCCAGUGUCCUCUCUCUCGUACUAUGUGCUCCCUAGCAUCUUCCACAUAAAGAUAUCUGAGCAAGCUGAUGGGGUGUGUGCAUGAGCCAGGCUCCUGCUCCACAAGGAGUACUAUGUAUGGAACUCUGAAUCUCCACUAUGUACAACUUGUUGGGUCCUUUGUAUAUUUGAAAUUUACCAAGGGCAAAUCCAACACCAUUCAACUCAUUUGUGUCUCUUGAUGAAGUUCUCCAUCUCUUUCUUUAAUGACUCACUGACGUGCUUUUCUAUCUUUUUUUAGUAUCAUUAUCACUCCCUAGUUACUCCCCUAGCACCCAUCAAAAAGCAUCGUCUCUUAGACAGGGUAUCAUCCCCACUGGAGCCCAGCUGAAGACAGUGGAGCAAACGGUGGCAAAGAGGUGGCCAAAGCUGACUCAAGUCCUUUUGAAGGCCUUCCAGUCCUGGCUAUGUAGUGUCAUAAAAAAAUCAAAACUCUUCCCCGUAUCAAAUACGGUCCGAAAUACACCAGCGCCUUGGCUGUGACUGAAAAAGAGGGUCUUGUUCUGAGCCUCUGUCUGGUCCAUCACCUCUCUCCCCAGAAGAGGAACGCCUGAGUAAUCAUGAAUCUCCCCGAGGCAUGAUGGGUCAGCACACCCACCACACCUCCUAAGUAUUUCAUUAGCUGUUUUCCUAUGAAAUCUUCCCUUGGUUCUGCUUGAUUCACUGUGUCCAUCUUUGGUUUCUUGGGAUCCAUCCCUUGACUAAUUUCUCACUGUACAAUAAAUAUCACAUGGCAUCUGUAUGCCAUGAUUCGUUCAGCUAUUCCAUUCCUAAUUGGGUGAGAGAAGGAAGGGAAGGGAAUAAGCAUUUAUUAAGCACCUAGUAUGUGUGCUAAGUCCUUUAUAAUCAUUAUUUCAUUUGAACCAUGGGAGGGGGGAGAUGCUAUGAUGGGGAUCCAUUUUACAGAUGAGGAAACUGAGGCAGGCUGAGGUGAAGUGACUUGCCUAGGGUCACCCAGCUAAGGAAGUGUCUGAGGCAGGAUUUGAACUCAUAUUCCUGCUGCCAGGCCCCCGGGGCUCUGUGCACUAUGACAUCGCUAGCUUCCUGUUAACUAUCUACACAAUUUGUGUCCAAAUCAAAUGUCGCUUUUUCCAUGAUAACUUUUGAUUCCCCUUAUGAUUUGCUCUGCAUUUUCCAUGACUUUUUCUCCGAUCCACACUUUCAAUUCUGGAACACUUAAAAUGACCUGGUUGCUGCUGGACUCCAUUUCCCAGAAUCCUUCGGAAUGAGAGUUGUUGUUAUUGUUUUGAUUUUAAACCGGGCUAGACUCCAUUUCCCAGAAUCCACCUCCCCAGAGGAACGUUCUCAGGGCCUUGGCCCCACCCCCAACUCUUCCGGCUCCGCCCCAUUCACGUUCCCGAUGAAUUCUGGGAGUCGUAGUUCGGUGCUCACUGUGAGCAGACCCUGUUACGGUCCUGGAUUAGGGUUUGAGCCAGACUUUUUUUUUUUUUAAUUUGCAGGAAACAGGUGCUGUUACUUCUCUGUACAGAGUAAUGAGGUCACCUUAAGCUGAGGGUGUAGGAAGGUGAUCAGCUUCCCACGUGACAGUGAGAUAUAUGCUGUUCUAGCUUGUGAAGACUUUGGACUUGGCCAAGAAGGGAGAAUCAAGGUGGGGGAGAACAUGGCUGCUGGGCACCUGCUAGCUAAUUACCAGACAAUACUGACAUUUCAAGAUGUGGCUGUGGAUUUUACCCAGGAGGAAUGGGGUUUGUUGGAACCAGCUCAGAAGGACUUGUUCAGGGAUGUGAUGCUGGAGAACUAUGAGAAUUUUGUCUCCCUGGGGCUUCCAGUUUCCAAGACAGAUGUCCUCUCCCAGUUGGAGAAAAGAGAAGCACUGAGACUUCCCGAGAGAGAAAUUCCAAGAAGCCCUUACCUAGAGUUUCUGCAGAAAUGUAAUGCAGUUGGACAAAAAGGCAGUCAGAAGUCAGUCCUUGCUGCACAACAUGGAGCUUCCAAAGCCAACUUCAAACACUUUUCAGACUUAAGUGAAUAUAACGGAAUUGAUAUAGGUGAGAAACUUUAUAAGAAAGGCAAGAAACCCUUUACUGACGACUCAAACUUUAUUCUUUACCAUGGAAUAUAUACUCAAGGAAAACACCCUAAACAUAAUGAAUUUGGCAGAACCUUCAGUAUCAAUUCAUGCCAUCCUGUACAUCAAAGAAUUCAUACUGAAGAGAAACUAUUUGAAUGUAAUGAAUGUGGAAAACACUUGAGCAGUAAACAAAACCUAACUGCACAUCAAUUAAGUCAUACUGGGAAGAAGCCAUUUCCAUGUAAUAAAUGUGGAAAAACUUUUAACAGUAAUCAAAUCUUAUCUCAACAUCAAAGAAUUCAUACUAGAGAGAAACCAUCUGAAUGUAAUGAAUGUGAAAAAUCCUUCAGCCAAAAGGGGAACUUCUACAAACAUAAGAGAACUCAUGCAGGAGAGAAACCAUUUGAAUGUAAUGAAUGUGGAAAAUCAUUCAGCCAAAAGGGAAACCUCUUUAAACAUCAGAGAAUUCACAGUGGUGAGAAAUGUAAAAAAAUUCACAAUAGAAAAAAGUCAUAUGUUUGUAAUGACUGUGGGAAAGGCUUCAACUCUAAGCAACAUCUUGAAGUACAUAAGAUAAUUCAUUCUGGAAAGAAGCCCUGUGAAUGCAAUGUAUGUGGCAAAGCCUUCCGCAAUAAACACUACUUAGGAAAACAUAAAAAAAUUCAUACUGGAGAAAAACCUUGUAAAUGUAAUGAAUGUGGAAGGGUCUUCAGGGAGAAAGGCAGCCUUGAAAAACAUAUGAUGAUUCAUACAGGUGAGAAGCCCUUUGAAUGUAGUAAAUGUGGAAAAGCCUUCAGCAGUAAUAGGUAUCUACUUCAACAUCAAAAAACCCAUACAGGAGAGAAACCCUACAAAUGUAAUGAAUGUGGGAAAGCUUUCAGCAGUAAUAGCUACAUAAUUGAGCAUCAAAGAAUCCAUACUGCACAAGAGCCAUAUAAAUGUAAUGAAUGUGGUAAAGCCUUCAGCAGUAAUAGGUACUUAAUUCAACAUCAAAGAAUCCAUGCUGGAGAGAAGCCAUAUAAAUGCAAUGAAUGUGGGAAAGUCUUCCGUAGUAAUAGGUACUUAAUUCAACAUCAAAGAAUUCAUACUGGAGAGGAGCUUUAUAAAUGUAAUGAAUGUGGGAAAGCCUUCACUUUCAUCAGUAAUCAAAAGUUAUCACGACAUCAAAGAAUCCAUACAGGAGAGAAGCCCUAUAAAUGUAAUGAAUGUGGGAAAGGCCUCAGCACUAAAAUGUACCUAAUUCAACAUCAAAGAAUUCAUACUGGAGAGAAGCCUUUUAAAUGUAAUGAAUGUGGGAAAGCUUUCAUAAGUAAUAAACAGCUAUCUAGACAUCAAAAAAUUCUUGCCACAGAGAAGCCAUAUAAAUGUGAUGAAUGUGGGAAAACCUUCUGCACCAAUUCUCUCUUUGAAGCACAUAAGAUCAUUCAUUCUGGAAAAAAGCCCUGUGAAUGUAAUGUAUGUGGGAAAGUCUUUAGUAAAAAACCUUACUUAGAAAAACAUCAAAAAAUUCAUUCUGGAGAGAAACCUUGCAAAUGUUCUGACUGUGGGAAAGCUUUCAGCAGUAAUAACUACCUAAUUGAACAUCAAAGAAUUCACACUGGAGAGAAGCCCUUUGAAUGUAAGGAAUGUGGGAAAGCCUUCAGCCGAAAGGGGCGACUCUAUGAACAUAACAGAAUUCACAGUGGGGAGAAUUCCUAUGAAUGUAAUGAAUGUGGAAAAACCUUCAUCAGUAAUCGAAAUCUAUCACGACAUCAAAUUAUACAUUCUGGAGAGAAGACCUAUAAAUGUAAUGAAUGUGGGAAAGCUUUCAUCAGUAAGAGCUACCUAAUUCAACAUCAGAGAAUUCAUGCUGAUGAGAAGCCUAAAAAAUGUAAUGAAUGUGGGAAAGCCUUUAUUAGUAAUCAAGACCUAUCACGACAUCUAAUAAUCCAUACUAGAGAGAAGCCCUAUAAAUGUAAUGAAUGUGGGAAAGCUUUCAGGAGUAAUAGCUACCUUAUUCAACAUCAAAAGAUCCAUAAUUUACAGGGGCCCAAUAAAUGUUAUGAAUGUGGGAAAUCCUUCAGCAGUAAUAGCUAUCUACUUCAACAUAAAAAAAUCCAUACUGGAGAGAAGCCCUACAAAUGCAAUGAAUGUGGGAAAGCCUUCAUUAGUAAUAGCUAUAUAAUUGAACAUCAAAGAAUCCAUACUGGAGAGAAGCCCUAUAAAUGUAGUGAAUGUGGGAAAGCUUUCAUCACUAAUCGAAAGCUAUUACAACAUCACAGAAUCCAUACUAAAGAGAAGCCCUUUAUAUGUCAAGAAUGUGGAAAAGGCCUUAGCACAAAAUUGUGCCUAAUUCAGCAUCAAAGAAUCCAUACUGGAGAGAAGCCCUAUAAAUGUAAUGAAUGUAGGAAAACCUUCAUCAGUAAUCGAAAUCUAUUAUGACAUCAAAGAAUCCAUACUGGAGAAAAACUCUUUGAAUUUGAGGCACCCUUCUACACCAAUUCUUUCCUUGAUGCACAAAAUGAAACUAAUGAAUGUAGUUCAAAGUUCAUGAGAGAUUUCAUAUUGGAAAUAAACUGUUGAGAUGUAGUAAUGGAGGGAGAGGUCCAGAAAAUUUCACAGAAUCAUGGAAUUUCAGAGUUAGAAGACUCGGAGAUCUUCUAGACCCACCUUUAUCUGACCGAAAAAACAGUCCUUUCUGCAAAAUAGAACAAGUUGUCAAGCAACUUUUGUUGUAAGACUUCUAAUGAGCACACUUCCUCUUAAACAUUUGGCUUCUCUUUUGGGUAAUUUUAAUUAUUAAGAAGUUUUUUCUUACUUCAAGCCUAAAUUAGCCUUUUUGCAACUUAUACCCAUUCUCUUAGUUAUAGUCCGUCCAAACAGAAAUGCCUAAUCCCUCCUUAUUUUCAUAGCCCUUCAAAUAUUUGGUCACCUCACAUACCCAAUACAGCUUUUUUUUUCUUCAGGUGAAAUGUCCUCAGUUCUAUUAACUCAUCCUCAUGUGUGACAUGAAUAGAAGCCCUUUAGCUUUCUGUUCACCCUCCUUUCCACAUUCUUCAGUUUAGCAAUGUUCAUUCUCCAACUGACAGUAUUCUAAUUGUGUUCUGGGUAAUAGUAGACCUAUACUAUCAUCUCCAUCACACUGGGUAGUAUGUCUCUUCUAAUAUAGCUUAAGAUUGAAGUAAC